GACUGAGUGACCAUUGAACCAGUAAUCAUAAAUGGAUGGAAUGAUAAAUGAUUCCAGUUAUGUCAUUAAUUUCACAUAAUAAGUCCCUGUUGCAUCAAUUAACGAAAUACGACUAGUUUUACAAAUGAUUAUUUAAAUGCAUGUCAAAAUAAUAAAUGACAAGAAAAAUGCACGAGGCAGAUCAGGUCAUUUAACACAGACCUAUGUAUAGUAUAUCUAUUAUAAUAUUUCAUCGUGAGCGCAGCGACUUUUCGAAGGUCGUCCGGACUUUAGUUCUAAGAUGAUAGAAUUAAAAUAAUAUUUCAUUUGUUAAACACGUAUCGCAUCGAGUGUUUGUGUUAUAAAAAUUAAGUGCAUAAGUGCUGAGUUUUUAUUACAAAAUGAAAUAGUGUGGUGUUGUGCUAACGUGAAUCUUGGAAGUGAGUGAGCCGUUUUGCAAUGAAGUUCCCCGCUUUCUUGGACAAAAUACCGGGUCUCGGGUACAGCAAGCCCACGACACUAGUGACGAGACAUGACGACUAUACGGUGGGAGAAACGACUGGAGGCCUAAGUGUCCUGUUCACAAUACUAUGUAUAGUGGACCUUUUUGGAGUAUUCCCUGUGAUAACCUUGCCUAAAAGCGUUAUAUCUUGUGGUAUAUACGGAUUACCACUAGUUUUGUCCGUCUUCGGCCUGCAGCUGUACACCGCAGUUUUACUCGGGAAGAGCUGGUUACUGGCACAGAAGAUAACUCCAGACAUUAAAGAAAAGAACAGAUUUCCUUAUGCGGCAGUAGCAGAACUAGCAUUUGGCGCGCCAGCAAAGAGGCUGGUAACUUUUCUCAUCGAUGCUGCUGUCUUCGGUUCAGGCGUUCCGAAUUUUAUUAUCGCAUCGCAGACGUUGCAAAUAUUCUGGUGGAAGAUAUCGGGCGGUGAGAUCGGGAUCACAUAUUGUGUCUGGAUGGUCAUCCUGGGCUUGUUGCUAUGUCCUGUGAUGUGGCUCGGCUCGCCCAAGGAUAUGAAGCCAAUAGCGAUAACUUCAGUAAUAAUUGUGACCACUGUCGCAAUAACUACAUGGACUUGUAUCCUACGAGACGACACCUCCCCAAUGCCAACGUCCAACGUGGUAGACUUAGAACCACAACUACAGGAAUUCUUAAUAGCAUACGGCAUACUUGCAUUUCAGUUUGACAUCCACCCAAUGUUGUUGACGCUGCAAGUGGACAUGAAAGACAGUAAGAAGAUCAAUUCUGCAGUGCUGGGAGGUUUCGGAAUCACUGGGUGCAUGUUUGCAAUCACCGCCGUCCUCUCCGCCUUCCGAUAUGGAACUGAUCUUGACAACAAUAUACUGCAGAGUAUUCCGUCCUCAAUACCGCUGUACCUGAUGUCACUGCUGGUGACUCUUCAGCUGUGCUUGUCGAGCGCAGUCAGUCACUCAGCUCUGUUCCAACAUAUAGAAGACUUAAUGAAUAUUCCUAGAGAUUUCUGCUUUCAACGCUGCCUAAUAAGAUCGAGCAUCGUAGCUGUGGGAGUAAUUCUAGCGGAAUCUGUACCCCGAUUUGAUUUAGUUAUGGGUCUCGUGGGUUCCACACUCACUGGUCCGUUAAUGUUCAUCUGUCCUCCCGUAUUCUUCCUCAAACUGUGCUACAUGAAAUCCAAAAUGUCUCCAAAACAUAAUCCUUUUUAUAAACUACUGGAGAAACAAAACAGAACUCAAAACGGUAGUUCACAUUCCCAAAAUGGUGGCACUAAAGGUGACAGUUUACAAAAUGGUGGCACUCAAAACGACAGUUCUCAAGAUUCUCAAAAUGGCGAUCUGUCAAAAAGCCCGCUAAUUUAUGUCGGGUCAUCGACCAAGUACAAAACGUUCACAGAUUAUGCUAUAGAAAUAAUGAAAGAAGAAGAUGAAUACGCGAUCAAAUGGUACGAUGUUGUUUUAGCUUUAAUUGUGAUGACCAUUGGAGUUGUAGCGACCAUAGUGGCGACUUAUUCAAGUUGGGCGAACUCUAUAGCUUAUGCCACGUUUAGUCCCCCAUGUUUGAUGAACGCUACAGAAGCUGCCAGAAGCUUUUUGCAGCUACCUAUGUCUGUAUGAAAAUCAAUAAAGAAUAUGUUGAUAAGUA